AUGGGCGCGUUGCGGCGGCGGUUGCGCCAGGAGGAUGGUGAAGAUGAGGAUGAACCUCCCCCCAAACGCCGAAGGCAGGUCGUGCCUAGAGCGGACUACCGCAGCAUGCCUUGGGCUAAAAUGCUAGAGAAGACAGACCUCCUGAUGGACCCGACGACGAGAGAAGCGAAGCAGUUCCGCCGGAGGUUUCGCGUGCCCUACCCUUUCUUCGUCUCCCUCGUAGACGACGUGAAGGCGGGGAACUGGCCUGAUUUCACGACCGACGAGUUUGAGCUUGGCGGGAGAGGAAGCAGGCGCUGCAUCCCCGUGGAGAUCAAGGUGUGUGGAGUGUGUUGACGCGCAUGCCCUACAAUAGCGUGACUUAGUUUGUGAGGAACAUAGGGUUGUAACACGUCGCUACGGCGCCUUUUGAGUCAGGGUUCAAUCUGGGGCAGACCAAAAAAAGAAGGAAAAGCACCUCGAAAAGCAUCGUAGCUCCGCAUCAUCUGAGCCAGGCACAUGCAGGCGUACCCUACGUAGCGGAAGCCGAGUGCGUUUCCUGCUCUUGGCACGAAGGGAGGGAGUUGGAAGUGAGCGGGGCUGUUGUAGCCUUGUAGCACUUAGAUUCACGCGUCGGUCCUCCUGAGCGAACGUGGUGGUAAGGGACAAACUGUAUAUGAAGGCGGCGGCAGGGAUAGACACGUUGAGCGGGUGUCUCUUCUACUUCCAUCCACCCUGAAACGGUUGUGUUUCACCACACACAUAGCGGAACACAGGUCGCCCUAGCCUCUCCCUCUUCACCUCCUCAACAGCGGUGCGGGAUGUGCAAUCUUCCUUGUUGCGCCCCUCGUUUGUACUUGCGACUAGCCGCUGUGCCGCUGUGUCUCUCACGCGACGUGUGUCAAGGGCACGCCAUUCAUGCGUGAAAAAGGGUGUAUUUUUUGCUCACAAAGGAAUUCUCGGCGUACAAACCACGGAAUGCCAUGCAUGAACACGAAAACGGAAGGAAUUUGCAAGGACAGUAAGGGGGGAACGAACUCUUCAGGUAUCACAUCAAAACCAAACAUGGACGGCCAUGGGCAACUAUGCAGGUGCUCCCCCUCCCCCCCCCCCGCCCCUUCCCCAGAACCAAGAUGCGAGUAUUCCAUGCCAGGGAAAAAGGCGUUUUUUUGGUGUUGGCGCUUCUCGUCGGUAAUGUUGCGCGACCUUGUACGAAAACAGGAACACGCCCCCACGACAUAGCUCGCAGGCAACACCGAGAGCAGGAAAGGGCCGGUGGCAGAGCCUGUUGGUAGCGGCACACUGCAGAACACCCACACACAUCACGCACACCACGCAAGCAGCUGCUGUACAGCAGUGUACUGGUGCGCGCUCUGUCAUCCCACACGCGCGUUUGCUGCCGUGUGGCUCGUACACCCAAUGCCGUGACUGUACUCAUCAGAUCAGCGUACACCCGCGAAGGAGAUGACAGAGAGAUUCCCUCGCAACGGUUGAUGGGGCGUUCGUUGCUGCUGAGUUAGAUGUGCUCAUCAGAGUGUGUUUGAUGCGGGCUAUUUUUGGCCGUUGGUGUUUUAAUUUUGCAGUAAGGCAUGACACAUAGUUACGUACGCGAUCGAAAGAUAUGCUGUCCGCAGCACGUGGUUCUCCUCCUUCCCUUGCAAUACUCGUACUGCUGCCGCUGCUGCUCCUGCUGCUCACGACAUGAUGACCGUUAGGGUUUGCUGCUGAAUCAUGUCUUACAGCAGCAUUCCACGAAUGAAUCUAGAAAAAGGCAUAACUUUCCGGAGUAUUUACAGCGGAGUUAGCUCUUGCCACCAGAUGCAGUUGACGACAACUCUGCACUCCUGCACUUGCUUGGGCACCUACAGCAAGAAACGGCGUGGGAAACGCAGUCGUUGCCACCAGAGGCCAGCCCCAAAAUGACGAACUUUCUCCUUUUUUUUUAUGCGCCGCUACUAAAACAUCGCCGAAAUGUCGUUCCACCCCUAAUGAGGCCGCCUAUCCCCUAAUCUGUUGUUCGUGGCGAUCUACGAACCAGGUCUUGGCGGUCCUUCGCAUACUGGGCAGAGGCAACUACUUCGACGACGUGUCCGAGUUCACCGGCAUGGGGGAGGCGACGGUGAACCACCUGUUUCACAGCUUCACGGCGAGAUUCGCUCGCGACUUCUACCCGAGAUGGGUGAAGAUGCCGAACCGGGAGGAGCUGAAGGAGAUCAUGCAGACUUACGACGAGGUCGGCAUGACGGGCGCGAUGGGCUCGAUGGAGGCACGCACAUCGAAUGGACGCUUUGUCCAUACAGCCAGCGCCCGUCGUUCAUCGGCAAGGAAGGGUACCCGACGAUCGUGUACAAUGUAGUCGUCAGCCACGAGUUGCGCGUGAUGUCGUGUACGCGGGGCUUUCCCGGCGCCCACAACGACAAGACCAUCGUGAGGUUCGACAAGUUCGCCAACUCGGUUCGAGACGGGUGGUACAAGGACGUGGAGUACACUCUGAAGGGCAAAGACGGGGAGGACGUGCACGAGAAAGGGCCAUGGUUGAUCGUGGACGGUGGAUACCACUACGUGAGUGCAUCGUAUUCGUAGUUCAGGCAGUUGAUGGUAUAGAGUGGCGCCGGAGUUGAUGUCCCGUCGUGUUCGUGAGGAUACGAGCCGCCGUUGGGCAGAGCAGCUGGCGUGUUCUAAAGAUGGUUGAACACACGCGUGCUGUUUGAUGUUGGUACUGCAGUAUUGCGGACGGACCAAUCGGUGGUCACCUGUUCGACCCAGCUGCUCCGCUCUUCCGAAAAUGCCUUCUUGUUUUGUGCCGUCUGGUUCUUUUUUUUUUUUGGGGGGGGGGAGUGGAUGUGUUUCUUUGUAUUGCAGUCGACGUUCAUGUACGAUCAGUGUUCAGUGUGUUGACGUACUCCGAUCGCCCCCCACCAACCAUGGUAAGGUGGGUUCGUCGUGGCCGCAAGAGAGCGCCCAUGUUUCAUUCACCCUCUUGCUUCCACCGUCAUGGGAGAUGUUCCCGCGGUGCCAUCACCUCCAAAUAUGUUGUGCGAGCCACGUGCCUUGCUACAGGCAUGUUGACGAGUGUUACAGGCAUGUUGGCGAGUGGUCCUGUUAGCGUUCCUCGUCGUCUCACGGGAUGUAAAAUUGACUCCUUGGCUUGCCGUCGUCGCGUGUCUCCUUUGACAUCAGUGCUACACCCACCACAACAUAACUCACGCCCACACCC